AUGGCGUUCGCGCCGCUGUUCACCAAGCAGAUCAUCCGCUACGCGCAGGAGGUCGAGCAGGCGCACUCCCUGGGCCAGCCGUACCCCGCCGUCGGCAGGGGCGUGGGCUUCGCCCUCGGCCUUGUUGCGUUGCGUCUCUUCAGUAUCACGUGCAUCAAUCAGUGGAGCUUCCUGGCCAUGCACGACGGCGUCAUGAUGCGCUCGACGCUCGUGUCGGCGCUGUACAAGCGCGCGUUUGAGCUGAGCGUCGAGGGCCGCGCAAAGAUGCCAAACGGCAAGCUGCUGACAAUGUUGUCCGCGGACAUCUCGCGCAUCGAGGGCGCCGUUGAGUUCUUCCACUGCAUGUGGGUCGCGCCCAUCAUCAUUGUCGUCACCAUCAUCAUGCUGUGCAUGCAGAUCGGCGCGAGCGGCCUCAUCGGCUUCGUCGUCUUCCUCAUCGCCAUCCCGUUCUCGACGCUCAACAUGAAGUGGUACCUGAGCCUGCGCCAGAAGUCGAUCGAGUGGACGGAGAAGCGCACCAAGCUGCUCGCCGAGCUCCUCGGCAACAUGCCCGUCAUCAAGAUGUUCACGUACGAGCUGCCGUUCCUGUCGCAGCUCAGCGGGUACCGCGCCAAGGAGAUGGGCUACCUCCGGUACCUGCUGUACACGCGCUCGCUGAACGAGACGAUCACGCUGAACCUGCCGCUGAUCGCGUCGGUGCUGUCGUUCGUGGUGUUCUCGCGGCUCGGGAACAAGUUCGAUCCCGCGCUCGUCUUCACGGCACUGCAGUACUUCAACGGCCUGCGCCCGACGCUGAACCAGAUCCCCCGGUCGCUGUCGCUCUGUGCGGACGGCAUGAACGCCCUGAAGCGCAUGUCCGAGUUCUUCGAGGCGGACACGCGGCGCGAGCGCCCGGAGGUCGACGAGUCGCUCGACGUCGCCGUGCGUGCGCACGCGACCUUUGACUGGCCCGAGUUCUCCGUCCGCGCCGACCUCGACAUCCCCCGCGGCCAGCUGACCGCGAUCGUCGGCCCCGUCGGCAGCGGCAAGAGCAGCCUGCUCUCCGGCCUACUCGGCGACAUGAAGACGACGGGCUCGGUCGCUCUCGGCGGCCGCGUCGGGUACUGCCCGCAGGAGGCGUGGAUACAGAAUGCCACGAUCCGCGACAACAUUCUCUUCGGCCAGCCGUGGGACGAGGACAGGUACUGGAAGGUCGUCGAGAAGGCGCAGCUGCGCCGCGACUUUGACCUGCUCGCUGCGCGCGACAUGACGGAGAUCGGCGAGAAGGGCAUCAACUUGUCCGGCGGGCAGAAGCAGCGUAUCAACAUUGCACGGGCCCUGUACUUCGACGCGGACAUUAUUCUCAUGGACGACCCGCUCUCGGCCGUCGACGCGCACGUCGGCACCGCUCUGUUCAACGGCGCCAUCCUCGACCUGAAGCGGCAGGGCAAGACGGUGCUGCUCGUGACGCACGCGCUGCACUUCCUCCCGCAGGUGGACUACAUCAUCACGCUCGACCAGGGCAAGGUGGUGCAGCAGGGCAGCUUCACCGACAUGCACGGGCCGUUCCAGGAGCUGAUGCAGCAGUUCGGCGGUUCCAAGGACAAGACGGCCGACAAGGUCGGCUCCGCGGACAUUGUCGAGGAGAAGAAGAUUGUCGCGGAGCCCGCCCCCGAGGGCGACGGCAAGCUGAUGACCGAGGAGGAGCGCAAGACGGGCUCGGUCGGCCUGAGUGUGUACCUGGCGUACCUCAGAUUCGGCCCCAGCUGGAUCGUGCUCGCGGCUGUGUUCGCCGCGUUCAUGACGGGGCUCAACGUCCUGUCGACCGUGUGGCUCACCUUCUGGUCCGAGGACAAGUUCCGCGAGGCGGGCUCGUUCUACCAGGGCAUCUAUGCCGUGCUCGGCCUGGUGUCGUCCAUUUGCACGCUCUUCACGGGCAUGGCCAUGACGGCGAAUGCUGUGCGCGCCUCGCGCGGGUUGUAUGACGGUGCGCUGCGGCGCGUCUUCUUCUCGCCCACGAGCUUCUUUGACACGACGCCGCUCGGCCGCGUCCUCGGCGUGUUCGGCAAGGACGUCGACUCGCUCGACAACGUCGUCCCCGAGUGGGUCCGCGGUACGCUGCUCCUGCUCGCGGGCAUGGUCGGCUCGAUCGCCAUCAUCAGCGUCAACUUCCCGUACUUCCUUGCCGUAAUGGCGGGCAUCUCGGUCGCGUACGCGAUGUACGCGCUCUACUACCGCCGCACGGCGCGCGAGCUGAAGCGGAUCGACUCGAUGCUGCGGUCCUCGCACUACGCGCACUUUUCCGAGAGCAUGGGCGGCAUGUCGACCGUGCGCGCCUACGGCGAGGACUCGCGGUUCUGUGCGGAGAAUGCGCGCCGCCUCGACAUCCAGAACCGCGCCUUCCUGAUGACGUACGCCAACAUGAUCUGGCUCGAGACGCGCCUCGGCUGGCUCGGCAUCGCCCUCGUGCUCGUCGUCGCCCUGCUCUGCGUCUUCGCCGGCGGCCGCACGAUCAAUGCCGCGCAGAUCGGCAUGUGCCUCACCUUCAUGAGCUCCAUCUCCGGAUCGCUGCAGGGCCUCGUGCACUGCUCCAUCGAGAUCGAGCAGAGCAUGAACUCGGUCGAGCGCAUCAAGCACUACUGCGAGCUGCCGCAGGAGGCGGCGUACGAGGGCGGCCCCGCUGCGUGGCCGACGGAGGGAGGCAUCGAGUUCAACAGGGCGGUCAUGGCGUACCGCCCCGGUCUCCCCGCCGUGCUAAAGGGCGUCUCGCUCGCGGUGCAGCCGGGUGAGCGCGUCGGCAUCGUUGGCCGCACCGGCGCCGGCAAGACGUCGAUCACGGUCGCGCUAUUCCGCCUCGCCGAGCUCAUGAGCGGCAGCAUCACGAUUGACGGCGUCAACACGUCGAAGGUCGGCCUUCGCACGCUGCGCGCGGCGGUCAGCAUCAUUCCCCAGGACCCCGUCCUGUUCAGCGGCACGCUGCGCUCAAACCUGGACCCCUUCGAGCAGCACGACGACAGCGAGCUGCACGACGCACUGGAGCGCGCGGGCCUGAGCGGGCGAUUCGCGCUCGACGCCAAUAUUGACACGGGCGGCUCGAACCUGAGCAUCGGCGAGCGCUCGCUCGUCAGUCUCGCGCGCGCGUUCGUCAAGCGCGCCCCGAUCACCGUGCUCGACGAGGCCACCGCAGCCGUCGACCUCGCGACAGACUUGAAGAUCCAGCACGCGAUCCGCGCCGAGUGCAGGCGGACGAAGCAGACGCUGCUCGGCAUCGCCCACCGCCUGCGCACCGUCAUCGGCUGGGACAAGAUCCUGGUCAUGGACGCGGGCGAGGUCGCCGAGUAUGCGUCGCCCCUCGAGCUGUUCGACGCGGGAGGCAUCUUCCGCAGCAUGUGCGAGCAGUCGGACAUCUCGCGUGCCGAGAUCGUGCGCGCUCAGGAGGAGGACAAAUAG